CCCAUCGACGCCCGAAGCAGGAAGCCCUUUUCGCCGGCUGGUUGUGUCGUCACCAGUGUGUCCGUGUGUUAUUUUCCCCUACGAUCAAGAUGUACUACAAAUUUAGCGGCAUCACACAGAAGCUGGCGGGGUCUUCGUCGACGGCCUACGCCCCCCAGGGUUUGAGGCCAGCAGCACCAGCCGAAUCAUCAUCCCUGAUUUUUGCCACACCCACCAAAGUGGUGUCAGAAGCAAAACCGGUGGUGGAAUAUUUGGGGGCCAACAAGGUGCCCGACCUUCAGAGAAUAUUCCAGAAAUCGGAUGGCAUCCCCAUUCACCUGAAGCGCGGCGUCCCCGACAGGCUGCUGUACCGCACCACCAUGGCCCUAACCGUAGGGGGCGCUCUCUAUUGCCUGGUGGCACUCUACAUGGCCGCCCAGCCCAGAAAGUGACCGCCGCCACCCAACCUAAUCUUCACUUGACACUUUUUCGCCACCUAUUUCAUCCGGAGACUCGGUUCCGCGUGGUCUGCUACUUGGUGGAAACGGCGCUUGUGACAUGUCAACCCAACAAUGAGCCUCCAUUUUCCCGUUUCUUGGAAAUGUCAAAAAUAACAAUUCAUCUUGCACGAACAAAACAAUGUCACAUUUUCUUUUGUACAAAAAAAAGAUAUUCAAUUGAAUAAAUUUUAAGGGGAUUGUUUC